AUGGAAAACGCCACGUGCGCAAAGUUGCUUUACUUGAAUCCAGAUGUCCGUGCGUUCUACCACAAGGUUUGGUCGUUGAAUAAAGGGGACAAGCAGGAUGAAGAUGGAGUGCUGCCAAGGAGAAAGAAAAAAGAUCCGGAUGCUGUCAAUCAGAAACCUCGCGUUGAGAACGUCAAUGCGUUGCUGGAUAUCUACAUGGACCGAACCAGCAGAGCAAGGUGCAUGCUGGAGAGGCGGGGCAAAGAAAGGGGGUUCAAAGACGUGACGGGCGUCAUGGAAGGCGUGCAGUCGUACUUUUACCGAGCCGUAAGCUUCUGCUGUACCGCAUUGAGUGUCGACGGUACCAGGAGCUACGUCAGAAACAGACGGAGAGUGUGCCGAGUGUAG